AUGUCGGCUUGCCAGUUAGACAGCGAUCAAAUGUCAAAGAAAAGUGAUCACAUUUUUGGUCACCUAAAAAAGUUGGUAACACUGGACUUAUCUUCUAACUCUUUACAUUCACUCUCCAAACGGACUUUUGAUAGAAAUACUGAACUGGCUUUUCUGAAUUUGACAGAAAAUAAUUUUCAGUAUGUGCCGUUUGAUUUAGCUGACAGGCCAAAUCUGAGAGAAUUAGAUUUGACAGACAAUUUGAUCGCAUCACUGAGCGUGAGAGAAACUCAAGACAUGGACGACCUAGUCCGUCAGUUUGGCAGCUUUAAUCUCCAUUUAUCUGGCAACAUUUUGUCUUGCGGCUGUCAAAGCCUGCAGUUCCUACAGUGGUUGGUGAUGACGCGGGUCACAUUGGACGCCGAUGGAAAUUUCACGUGCAUGAACGACGACGGCGAGCUGACCUUCACCUCCAAGUACCGUGACCUUGAGAAAGUGUGGCGCCACUGUAUGGGCACUUUCUACUUUGCCCUCUCCCUCGUCCUGUUUUGUUUCAUGGCGGUCGGUUUUCUCACGUGUUAUAUUGUAACAAAAUAUAAAACUUUUAUAAUGUGCAGUUUGAUUCAAAUCGUGGGAGGCUUCAAACGAAAAACUAAAAACGAUUACGAUACUGGAGUAUUUAUAGGAUACGCGGAUGAAGAGUAUCGAUUCCCAUGUACAGAGUUACGUGAAUUUAUCGAGAAAACUCUCGGCCUAAGUACAUAUAUAAAAGACCGCGAUUCUCCAGUUUCUAGCAAUAAAGCAAACAGUUUAGUAACAGCUAUCAACUCUAGCUGGAGAAUAGUUCUGGUGUGUAGUCAACCUUUUCUAAGAGAUGACCAGUGGGCAGUGUUUACGAUGAAGUGGGCCAUGCUGUCUCAGACUCCGGCCAACCCGGCACGAGUUAUCGUUCUUGUGCGAGAAGAUCUUCUCGAUGACCUCCCCUCAGAAGUUAUCAGCGGUGUGGCGAGUGAGAAUAUCAUCGUGGUGGCGAGCUGGGAACUGGACUAUGGUGUGGAGCAGAAGUUGAGGACAUUGUUGGUUCCAUAA